CCGCGCCCAGUUCAUUCCUCCGUGCAGCAACACAACUCGACCGCAACACAGGGAAAUUACUCGUUACAACAUCUAAUUUUUCAAACUUUGUGCUCGAUGUUGAGUUUUAUGCAUUCUGGGUUCAGAGAGACAAGAAGAUCACUGAUUUCAAACCAGCUUCCACUUCGGAAAACACAGUUACAUGCAACGUGAAAACAAGUGUCGACUGGCCUGACUGUUAUCCGAGGUGGAAGCUGGUUUGAACGCAGUCGGAGAUCGGAGGUUCAGUUAACAUGGCAGGUCAACAAAAUCGUAUCUCUACACAGGAAAUGUUACUUUUUUGCGUGACUGUUUCCUGCGUGUUGUUUGGUUCAGCCAGUGGUCAUACAAAUGAAGAGAAGUGCUAUGGCAGUAGUAUGAUAUUUCCAAUGUCAUAUUCGCCACCUUCUUUCAAAGGAAGGAUGUACUUCACCCCUAGUAGUGGGGGACCCAGGAAGCUAAUCAUGGAUAAUGGGGAGUUAAAGGACCCACGCCUCGCCAUUUCCUAUCUCUCAGCUGAACUUAAACAUUUGACCGAAAGAGAUCAAGGAACUUUUUCGGUCAUGCUUUCAAACGGUUUUGAGACAGAUGUCAUCAGACUGAAGAUUUCGGAUUGUUCUAAGAGGGUUACAGAGUAUUACGGAGCUACAUACUCCAGUGAUGUCCCUAGUGAUGCUGAAUUCCUGGAGUUCACUCUGCUUUAUAGUAAGGACCAGCCAAAGGUCCUCUGGAAUCGUACCGACCCUCAGACCAAUAGGGGACGCAGAGUGCAGGUGGCACGUAGUGGGAGAUCAUGGGAGAUUAAUGACCUCACCCAGGCAGACAACGGCUACUACAGCUUCAGAGCAAAAGACUACAAUUUGCUAAUAAGGACACGGCUCGAAGUAAAAGAGCACGCUUCACACUAUAAUGCAAAGAUGGAUGAAGAGAUCUUCAUUGAAAAUCUUUUUGGUGGCUCCCUGUGGACUGUGUAUUUUACACGUGAGGACGACCAGGGUUACUUUUUCGGACCAUUGAUCGAAAAAGGCAGACUCCAAAACAGAUCCACAUUUAAAAAAAGGCUUCAGAUCUAUGAUGAUGGCAUAACCAUUGAUCCUGUGAGACACGGAGACUCUGGCACCUUUGAGUUCAGAGACCAGCAAGGCAACCUGGCUCAGAUUGUGAAGCUGGUGGUAGAGGAGGAAAAGGUUCCUACAGGGGAAAUUAUUGGUAUUGCUUUCGGGAGUGUCUUUGCAAUGAUUGUCUGCUGUUGCUGCGUGAGAAAGUGCUGUUGUAAAAAGAGCUCUUCUAAAAGGGACGAGUCCACACCUCCUGUGUUUAACCAUGAUUCGACUCAACCCGCAGUCCCAAGUUACUCUGCUGCACCUGCUCCACAUCACUCUUAUCAGCCAAUGAACUCCUUUGUUCCUACAGAACCAACAACUACCUCCCUCGAGCCAUCGGUUCACAACCCAGUGAAUAUCCAUGUGAACCCCCCUCAGCCAGAGGUUGUACCUCUCAGAGGGCAGACAACCGAUCCAGCUCCUACACUCGGCUCUGAUUGUCUCUCCUCGGAUCCUGGGCCACAGUUUGAGCUGAAGGGACUAACUUUUCUCACUGGGUCUCCCCUUAGCUCAGAGUCAACUUCCACUGAUGUUUAUACCUCAGAUAAACUCCAUUUUCUCUAAAGAGCUCAGUGGAAAUUUAAGUGAAGCCUUGUGCUUCGUUACUAGCAGGAACGCAGCCAUUUCAGUCCUUAAUGCGAUUGUGUGAUAUAGAUCCGUGAAAAUUAAGUUCUCACAAAUCAAAGUUUGAGGUCAAUAACUUUUGAUAACUUAGUAGUCAAGGUUUUCAAGUAAUGUCAUGACAUAAAUGCAUAUAUAUCGAUUAAUGCAAAUUAUUAAUUUUUUUUUUUUUUUGACAGGUAAGGAAGAAUUAAGGUGACAGAGUGUAACUCCACACUAAUUAUUGUGGUUAUAUUUAAUAUAAAUAUGUGUGCCAUAAACUCAGGUUAUAUAUAGAAUGCAUAAUGUAGACUUUCUCUUGCUCAAAUGAGAUGCACUAUCACUGUCACUUUGAGCAACUGCUACCAGCUUUUUCUGUUUUUUUUAAACUUAUCAUGAGCCGAUUCUGCCUUAUAUAUGUCAGUGUGUUUGAUGUGUCUCUGUGGCUUUCAUCAUUACAUUCUGAGAAAUUUUAUAUUUUUACUUUUUUGAAAACUUAUUUUAGUUUUAGGCUUUGUAAAAAUUCAAGUCUUACUAAACUGUGUAAGAUAUUGUGUAAGCUGGAGCUUUUUCAACUCGCUCUUGUGUCCAAGAUCAUUAGAGCAUGAAAUCAGUGUUAAAUAGUUAUUUGAUACAAAUAUUAUCUGCAUUAUAUGUAAAGAUGUUUUUUACUUCUACUUGAAAUUAAGUUUUCUGUAUAAGAAGAGUGGUUUCUGGCACAAUUACACCUACUUCAAAGGUGCAUAUAAAAGGAAAGAAAAGCCUAAAGAGGUCAAAAAGUAUAUUUUAAAAACCCUUUAUUUUGAGACCCACACGCUUUGGCUCGUUGCCUUCAUCAAGGUCAUCAUGAAAUACAUUAGAAACAAGAUUUAAAGGAUGGUAUGAAACAGGAAAAAAUUCAACAGGUUACAAAGGGGUUCAAAAGGGUUAAGAGCCAUGUGUCUACAGACCAGCCGUGGUAGAGAAGAGUUCAAUAAGAGACAUAAGUGACAACAUCUUCAUCCAGUUUGUAAGGAGACAUGAACUUCUGGUUUUAAAAGCUAAAUAAAUUGCCUCACUGGACUGCAUUGAAUCCCAGAAGAAAUCUGCACUUAGCUUUAUUUACUCGGUGAAUAAUGAAUCAAAACUGUGUAGAAACAUGUAAAAGUAUUGAAACCAUAACACCAAAAACAAUCUGCAUCUAAAUGUUUGACCUCGGAAGAAUCUCCAGAAUGCACUCCUUUCAUUGUUACAUUAUUGUUGCUUACAUGAGCUCACAGAUUCAAUUUGUAUGGUUGAUAUAUGAAUGUUAUGAGUAUGUGUCCCUGACUUCAAGUUGGUGAUAAAAGGCACUGAAAACCUAUCUCCACAAUAAAAUGUAUUUUUCUGA